CCCAUCUCUGCGAAUUCCUACCCGAAGAAGAACCCUACCUGUAACACCCCGAUUUUAGCGAUCUAGUUACUUUAAUCUUUUAUUUUAUUUAGUCAGUUAAAUAAGAUUAUUGUAUGAAUAAUGUGAUUUAUUGUUUGUUCAUGUGUUUUUCUGGCAGGUAACGUUGACCGGUAAGCUCUAAUAAUUUUAAGUGGAGAAAUAAGUAAUGCUUUAAAACUUAAUCAGUUUAUUUUGAAAUAGAAAAUACUUUUAAUGUUGAUAUUUUUUUAGAGAGAAUUAGAGACCCAGAUCAGUUAAUUGGGCCGACUAAGUAUUCUUUAUUAUUAUUUUAAAAACCCUUAAGGAGUAUACGUAUGUAGGUUAGCAAUAUAUUUAUCAGCCCUAAAUUUUCCCACAUACGUCAACAUUCCUUCUUGUAGCAGUCCUCUUUUCUCUUCCUCUCAAGUCUCAAAGUACUUCUUCCUAAAUUCAAUCAAGAGCUUCUAUUCGAGUUACACAUCACCAUCUUGCCGGGUAAGCUUCUCGUUUAGUCGUUUAUGUGCUUUAUUUUCUACCGUGAGAUCAUCAUUUAGAUUUUGAAAUCCUACUAGUUUUGGGGUUAAUCUUUUGCGUAUAAUUCAAAAGUUCGACUGCUGCUAUCACUUAUUUUCACCUCCUAUAUGGGCUGCUAGCAAUUUAAUUCUUUUAAGUUGGGUGAGUUUUGUUGCUACACCAGUUUUGGCUUCACUUGAGUAUUCACGUGUUAAUGGGGUAUUGUUAUAAGGGGUUUUAUUGAUAGUAUUUUGAGUUCGUAUAAGUUUAUGAGUUUAGGGAUUAUUUUGAGUUCCUCCAUUGCUUUUAAUUUAAUCGUGGAUCAAUUUGGCUGUUCAACUCUUUUCAGUUUAAAAAGAAGUUUAUGUACAGUUUUGAAAACAGAUCUAUUUCUUAAAACAGAUCAGUUGGGAAAGUUUCAUAAAUUCAAGUAAAAUUUUGCGGUAGAAUAAACUUAUAGCUAGAUUUUGCAGAUUUAGCCUAACUAGGUGUGCUUCCAGAUCUUUAAAUUGUAAAAUGUCAUUUUAUAUCCAAUCUGGAAACUCAUGAACACCAUCGUACAUGAUUGAGAUAGGUAGCCAUUUUCUUUUUCCACCUGAAGUUAGUAUGCAGCAGUCAUAUUUUUCAUGAGGAUUUGCUUUAUUUGAAAAGUGAGGUUUUUAUUAGAUUAUUUCAUUUAAAUAAAGAUUAAAAGAAGAGCUUAUCGGAAGACGUUAUCUGGGAGUCACAUUUAUUUGAGUAUUUGCAGUUCAGCCUCUACAGGUAAGUUCACUACCACCUGUACAUGUUUGUUCAACCAAAUGCAAGAAGUCUGGUUGAUUUUUAAUAGAUAAUUUUAGACUAUUUGCUAUUAUGUGAACUACGUGAAUUAUGUGAUGAGUUAUUUUAUUGCUAAAUUAAGUUAUGUUUAUUAUCUGGCAUAGUCAAGAUUUGUUAGUACUUUCGUUUCCAGAUUUAAUGAUGUUUAGUCAAACGUCACCAUAAAAAGAACUAAUACUUAAAGUGAAAGAUUAAGUGAUAUGUACUCGGGAACUAGAUCCCUCAGAUUAGCAGUUUUAGUUUUAGAUAGUCCGAUAUGUUUAGUGGGUCGCUCCCCUGAGCUGUCGGAUUGGCGCCAUUGAGUACAUAUCACGGGCCCACAGUUAAAAUUAGCCACAAAGAGUUUAUAGAAAGUUUAUGAGAUCUCUUUCAGAAAGAUUUACAGAAAGUUUUUGAGAUCUCUUUCAGAGAGUUUUACAGAGAUGUUUUCAAAAAAAAAAAAAAAAAAAAAAAAAUUGAGAUCUCUAGCAGUUUUAAGAAAAAUAUUUUAGGAAAUAUUUUUCCUUUGAGAUCUCUCUCAGAAUGUAAUAGAGAAGUUAUGUGUUAGUUGUUUGUUCAGUGCAUGCUUAUAGCCUAAAUUUUAUCUAUUGAUAAAUUGGCAUAGACUUCUAGAUAUUUUUGUGGAUCCAUAGUGACUUACUAAGCGUAAAGCUUAUCAGUUUCUUUCUUCGCAUGUACAGAUACUAAAGGUAAGGCCAAGGCCUAGGAAGGUGAUGAAAGAGUGGAACGCGUGCCAAGAUGAGUUGACGGGGACGACCUUGGCGGCUUCCAGCUAGCUAUUAUUAUGUCUCAUUAUUUUAGAUAUUGUUCUAAGGAGUUUAUUAUUAUUAUUAUUAUUAUUUUUAUUUAUGGUUUGAAGUUUGAAUAAAUUCCUGGAUCCAGGUGGUUAUCACAUUUGCUAGUGAUAACUAGACUUUAUUGAGUUUUUAUUUGGAGUUAAAUUUUAGCUACAUUUGAGAUUUUAUCAGGGUUAUUUCUUAAACAAACGGCCGUUAUAUUGCAGUUUAUUUUUAAAAGUAGUAUGCUAGUGUAGCGUUUCCUUUAACCCUGAGAGGGGCGUUACAAAUUUGGUAUCAGAGCCCAUGUUGUCCCGUAACUUCACUUGUCACCGUACACGUGCUCAUCAUCUUCCAAGUAAGUAUUUAAAGCUAGUUUUUAUAUUUCUGUACAUGAGCAAGAGGAGUUUAUUAGAUAGAGAACAAAGAUAUGAAUGUCUUUCCUUUUUAGUAAUGUGUAUGGCAUAUAAAUAAAAAGUUUAUAUUUAGGUGCCUUAAGAAAAUGAGGAGAACCCGUGGUACCAAUGCACAAGGGAACAGUAAUGAGCAAGGAAACAUUCACGAGCAAGAUUUGGUAGGUAUUGUGGCGCAACUUCAGAGGCAGUUGCAGGAGCAGCAACAGAUCAUCGACCGUUUGACCGCGAACAAUCAAAGGGGCGGAGCUCAAGGAGGAAAUGCUGGUAAUAAUCAAGGCGUGGGAAACGGAGCACCGAGGCGAGAACCCCUAAUGAUCACUUGGAGGAAGAUCAAGCCCGCAGAUUUUGAGGGGGGUCCUGACCCUCUAGCUGCUCAAGGAUGGUUGAAGACCAUUGAAGGCAUUGUUAAUGGUUUAGAACUGGCAGAUAAUGACAAGGUUCGAUGCGCAUCAUAUAGCCUCACCAUGGAUGCUCGGAUAUGGUGGGAGACUGUUGAAACAAGGUAUGAUAUUGCGCAGAUGACAUGGGAGCAGUUCAAAGAGGAGUUCACCAACCAAUAUUUCAACGCUAGUGUCACACGGAAGUACCAGGAUGAGCUUGAGAAUCUACGUCAGGGAACCAUGGAUGUAGCAACCUUGGCAGCACAAUUUCAGAGACUACUACGUAUUUGCCCUACAGCUGCUCCGACAGAGAGAGAUAAGGUGAAGUUGUUCCUGAAAGCACUUAGGAAGGAUAUAGCGGUUCACUUGGAGGACGGUAACCAUACCCCAGUUACAUUAGUCGACUGUGUCCUUAGAGCAAGUCAAAAGGAGUACUACCUUCCUAGCGAUCCAGUGCCCGCUCAGCCGCAAUCUGUGCCACUGCAGUCACAGAAUCAGCCACCGGGAUACACGAGUAGCUCGAAGAAUCACAAGAAGAGGAGCUUUAAGAGCAGUAAUAGUAAUGGCAAGAGAGCUGGACAUCAUCAGGAGCAACAAAAUAAAAAGAUUAUGUUUCCACAGUGUGCUAAUUGUGGUCGUAAUCAUCUAGGCCAGUGCAGAUUGGGUUCCAGCGCUUGUUACACUUGCGGUCUUGAGGGCCAUAUGUCUAGAGAUUGUCCAAGGAAGAAUCAGCAAAGCUACCAGAUCACUCAGAUACCAAGGAAUCCAGCACCUCCAGCGGUCGUCCAUAAUAUGCAGGCUUAUCUAGAAGGACCAUCCAUCCAGCAGGGACGCCUUGAGGCACCACCAGAGGCCCCGGUUGCUAGAGUGUUCACCAUCUCCAAGGAAGAGGCAUCUAUAAAUCCCGGAGUUGUCACAGGUCAGAUACUUGUUCUAAACAGAUAUGCUAAUGUGUUAUUUGACACAGGAGCCACACAUUCCUUUGUAUCUCUUGAGUUUGCUAGACCCUUAGCAACACGUCAAGAUAAGUUAGAUUAUAAGUUCACCACAGCACUUCCGUCGGGAGAGAUCAUGUUGUCAACUCAUUGGCUACGAGGAGUGCCAAUGAGUAUUGCGGGAAGAGAGUUAUUUGUAGAUCUGAUUGUGCUCAACAUGAAGGAUUAUGAUGUGAUUCUCGGCAUGGAUUUUCUGCAGAAGUAUAACGCUUCAAUUAUAUGCCGAAAGAGAAUUGUUAGUUUUGUGCCUGCAGGGUCUGAUCCUUUCUUAUUUCUUGGGGAACCAAAAAGAUCAGGGAAGGUGAUGAUUUCAGCAUUGCAAGCAGGGAGACUGAUUCGAGGUGGAUGUGCAGCUUUCUUAGCUCACGUAGUAGACAAAAACUCAGGGGAACCUAUGCAGCUUUCUGAAGUUCCCGUUGUGGAAGGUUACAGUGAUGUAUUCCCCGAAGAUCUUUCAGGAUUACCACCCAGUAGAGAGAUUGAGUUCGAGAUUGAGUUGCUGCCCGGCACCGCACCGAUUUCCAGAGCACCGUAUCGAAUGGCCCCAGCAGAGUUACAAGAACUCCAUAAGCAGUUGCAGGAGUUGCUAGAGAAAGGUUUCAUUCGGCCCAGUUACUCACCGUGGGGAGCUCCGGUAUUAUUCGUGAAGAAGAAGGAUGGCACAAUGAGAUUGUGCAUAGAUUACAGAGAGCUCAAUAAAGUGACUAUCAAGAAUAGGUACCCCCUGCCUAGAAUUGAUGACCUGUUUGACCAGUUGAAGGGAGCAGUGAUUUUCUCCAAGAUUGACCUUCGUUCAGGGUAUCAUCAGCUAAGAAUCAAAGAAGGAGACAUCCCAAAAACAGCUUUCAGGUCGCGGUAUGGACACUAUGAAUUUGUGGUUAUGCCUUUCGGCCUAACUAAUGCUCCAGCGGCGUUUAUGGAUCUUAUGAAUAGAGUGUUCAGGGAGUUUCUUGACAAGUUUGUCAUUGUUUUCAUUGAUGAUAUUUUGAUCUACUCAAAGUCAAAGGAGGAGCAUGAAGAACACUUGAGAGAAGUACUGGAGACACUGAGAAAACAUAAGCUAUAUGCUAAGUUUUCAAAGUGUGAGUUCUGGCUUGACCAUGUAGCAUUCCUUGGCCACGUAGUUUCAAAGCAGGGAGUUUCGGUGGAUCCCUCAAAGGUGGCGGCUGUUCAAGAUUGGAACAGGCCAAAGAAUGCGAAAGAAGUUCGAAGUUUCUUAGGCCUUGCGGGGUAUUAUAGGAAGUUUGUGGAAGGCUUCUCUGCUAUAGCUCUUCCAUUGACUACCUUGACUCGUAAGGGUAAGAAAUUUGAGUGGACUGAUCGUUGUGAGAAGAGUUUCCAAGAGCUGAAAAAUAGGUUGACCUCUGCACCUGUUUUAACACUCCCAGAAGGCAAGGAAGGGUUUGUUAUCUACACAGACGCAUCGAAGAUGGGACUUGGAGCAGUUCUUAUGCAGAAUGAACGAGUCAUUGCGUACGCAUCUCGGCAACUCAAGGAGUAUGAGACGAAUUAUCCCACCCAUGACUUGGAGUUAGCAGCAGUGAUUCAUGCCUUGAAGAUUUGGAGACAUUACUUGUAUGGGGUCCAGUGCAAGAUCUUCACCGAUCAUAAAAGUCUGAAAUAUAUAUUCACGCAGAAGGACCUCAACAUGAGGCAAAGAAGGUGGCUUGAAUUAAUCAAAGACUACGAUUGUGAGAUCCUUUAUCAUCCAGGGAAGGCCAACAAGGUAGCAGAUGCACUUAGUAGGAAGUCUUCUGCAACACUAAUGGCUAUGAUGGUAAUAGAUCCAAAGUUGAAGAAGGAAAUUGAAGAUUUUGAAUUAGAGGUUGUAAGUGGGCGACUAGCGGCUAUGACAGUGACUCCAGCAAUAUUUGAGGACAUAGCUAUGAAGCAAGAACUUGAUCCCGAGUUGGUUAAGUUGAAGGAGUGCGUCAAGGAGGGACAAUGUCCCGAAUUCCGUUUGGAUGAGAGUGGGAGAUUAUUACUUCGAAACAGGUUGUGCAUUCCUGAUGUCGAGGGGUUGAGGAAGCAGAUUAUGAAGGAGGCUCAUGACACACCAUUCACUAUGCAUCCUGGUGCGACCAAGAUGUACCAUGACUUGAAGAAAAACUUUUGGUGGUCAGGAAUGAAGAAAGAUGUUGCGAAGUUCGUCCAGUCAUGUUUGACGUGUCAGCAAGUAAAGGCUGAACAUCAAAGACCAGGUGGAGAACUUCAGCCUAUCCAGAUUCCAGAGUGGAAAUGGGAUGAGAUAUCCAUGGACUUUAUUAUGGGUUUGCCGAAGACAACGGGAGGUUAUGACGCUAUAUGGGUUAUAGUGGACAGAUUGACUAAAUCUGCUCAUUUUAUCCCAAUUUCAGCAAGUAUAUCUUUGGAGAAGUUGGCAAAGUUAUAUAUUCAGGAGAUUGUGAGACUGCAUGGUGUCCCGAAGAGUAUUAUUUCUGACAGAGAUUCCAGAUUUACCUCUCACUUUUGGAAGUGCGUACAACAGUCAUUGGGCACGAAGUUGAAGUUUAGUACCGCUUUUCAUCCUCAGACCGAUGGUCAGACAGAGAGGACAAACCAGAUUUUAGAGGAUAUGCUACGGGCAUGUGCACUAGAUUUUCAAGGAGGAUGGGUGAAAUACCUAAGUUUGGCGGAGUUUGCUUAUAAUAAUAGUUAUCAAGCAACCAUUGGCAUGGCUCCGUAUGAGGCGUUGUAUGGGAGAAGGUGUAGAUCUCCCAUAUCAUGGUAUGAAACAGGUGAGAAGAAGAUCCUAGAAGAGGAACUGCAAGGGAGGACUGAGUUGAUAGAUGAGACCUCAGAAGCUAUUAAGAGCAUUCGGCAAAGGAUAGAAUCUGCCCAGUGUAGACAGAAAAGUUAUGCAGAUGUUCGAAGAAGGCCUCUAGAGUUUGAAGUGGGGGAUUUUGUUUUCGUUAAGAUAGCCCCGAUGAAGGGUGUGAUGCGGUUUGGAAGGAAAGGAAAGCUUAGCCCAAGAUUCACCGGACCAUAUGAGAUCACUAGACGAGUAGGGAAAGUAGCUUAUGAGCUCGCGCUACCUGAAGAGUUUUCUGGCAUUCAUAAUGUCUUCCAUGUUUCGAUGUUGAGGAAAUACUUUGCUGAGCCGGAGCAUGUUUUGAUACCCCCAACAAUAGAAGUGCAAAAUGAUUUGUCUUUCGAGGAGAAGCCAGUACAAAUUCUUGACCGAGAGGUUAGACGUCUCCGGAAUAAAGAGAUAGCUCUAGUAAAAGUGUUGUGGCGAAAUGACAAAGUUGAAGAAGCUACUUGGGAGGUUGAAGAUGACAUGAGGCGGCGUUAUCCUGAGUUGUUCUAAGUUUCGAGGACGAAACUUUUAUAAGGUGGGAGGGGUUGUAACACCCCGAUUUUAGCGAUCUAGUUACUUUAAUCUUUUAUUUUAUUUAGUCAGUUAAAUAAGAUUAUUGUAUGAAUAAUGUGAUUUAUUGUUUGUUCAUGUGUUUUUCUGGCAGGUAACGUUGACCGGUAAGCUCUAAUAAUUUUAAGUGGAGAAAUAAGUAAUGCUUUAAAACUUAAUCAGUUUAUUUUGAAAUAGAAAAUACUUUUAAUGUUGAUAUUUUUUUAGAGAGAAUUAGAGACCCAGAUCAGUUAAUUGGGCCGACUAAGUAUUCUUUAUUAUUAUUUUAAAAACCCUUAAGGAGUAUACGUAUGUAGGUUAGCAAUAUAUUUAUCAGCCCUAAAUUUUCCCACAUACGUCAACAUUCCUUCUUGUAGCAGUCCUCUUUUCUCUUCCUCUCAAGUCUCAAAGUACUUCUUCCUAAAUUCAAUCAAGAGCUUCUAUUCGAGUUACACAUCACCAUCUUGCCGGGUAAGCUUCUCGUUUAGUCGUUUAUGUGCUUUAUUUUCUACCGUGAGAUCAUCAUUUAGAUUUUGAAAUCCUACUAGUUUUGGGGUUAAUCUUUUGCGUAUAAUUCAAAAGUUCGACUGCUGCUAUCACUUAUUUUCACCUCCUAUAUGGGCUGCUAGCAAUUUAAUUCUUUUAAGUUGGGUGAGUUUUGUUGCUACACCAGUUUUGGCUUCACUUGAGUAUUCACGUGUUAAUGGGGUAUUGUUAUAAGGGGUUUUAUUGAUAGUAUUUUGAGUUCGUAUAAGUUUAUGAGUUUAGGGAUUAUUUUGAGUUCCUCCAUUGCUUUUAAUUUAAUCGUGGAUCAAUUUGGCUGUUCAACUCUUUUCAGUUUAAAAAGAAGUUUAUGUACAGUUUUGAAAACAGAUCUAUUUCUUAAAACAGAUCAGUUGGGAAAGUUUCAUAAAUUCAAGUAAAAUUUUGCGGUAGAAUAAACUUAUAGCUAGAUUUUGCAGAUUUAGCCUAACUAGGUGUGCUUCCAGAUCUUUAAAUUGUAAAAUGUCAUUUUAUAUCCAAUCUGGAAACUCAUGAACACCAUCGUACAUGAUUGAGAUAGGUAGCCAUUUUCUUUUUCCACCUGAAGUUAGUAUGCAGCAGUCAUAUUUUUCAUGAGGAUUUGCUUUAUUUGAAAAGUGAGGUUUUUAUUAGAUUAUUUCAUUUAAAUAAAGAUUAAAAGAAGAGCUUAUCGGAAGACGUUAUCUGGGAGUCACAUUUAUUUGAGUAUUUGCAGUUCAGCCUCUACAGGUAAGUUCACUACCACCUGUACAUGUUUGUUCAACCAAAUGCAAGAAGUCUGGUUGAUUUUUAAUAGAUAAUUUUAGACUAUUUGCUAUUAUGUGAACUACGUGAAUUAUGUGAUGAGUUAUUUUAUUGCUAAAUUAAGUUAUGUUUAUUAUCUGGCAUAGUCAAGAUUUGUUAGUACUUUCGUUUCCAGAUUUAAUGAUGUUUAGUCAAACGUCACCAUAAAAAGAACUAAUACUUAAAGUGAAAGAUUAAGUGAUAUGUACUCGGGAACUAGAUCCCUCAGAUUAGCAGUUUUAGUUUUAGAUAGUCCGAUAUGUUUAGUGGGUCGCUCCCCUGAGCUGUCGGAUUGGCGCCAUUGAGUACAUAUCACGGGCCCACAGUUAAAAUUAGCCACAAAGAGUUUAUAGAAAGUUUAUGAGAUCUCUUUCAGAAAGAUUUACAGAAAGUUUUUGAGAUCUCUUUCAGAGAGUUUUACAGAGAUGUUUUCAAAAAAAAAAAAAAAAAAAAAAAAUUGAGAUCUCUAGCAGUUUUAAGAAAAAUAUUUUAGGAAAUAUUUUUCCUUUGAGAUCUCUCUCAGAAUGUAAUAGAGAAGUUAUGUGUUAGUUGUUUGUUCAGUGCAUGCUUAUAGCCUAAAUUUUAUCUAUUGAUAAAUUGGCAUAGACUUCUAGAUAUUUUUGUGGAUCCAUAGUGACUUACUAAGCGUAAAGCUUAUCAGUUUCUUUCUUCGCAUGUACAGAUACUAAAGGUAAGGCCAAGGCCUAGGAAGGUGAUGAAAGAGUGGAACGCGUGCCAAGAUGAGUUGACGGGGACGACCUUGGCGGCUUCCAGCUAGCUAUUAUUAUGUCUCAUUAUUUUAGAUAUUGUUCUAAGGAGUUUAUUAUUAUUAUUAUUAUUAUUUUUAUUUAUGGUUUGAAGUUUGAAUAAAUUCCUGGAUCCAGGUGGUUAUCACAUUUGCUAGUGAUAACUAGACUUUAUUGAGUUUUUAUUUGGAGUUAAAUUUUAGCUACAUUUGAGAUUUUAUCAGGGUUAUUUCUUAAACAAACGGCCGUUAUAUUGCAGUUUAUUUUUAAAAGUAGUAUGCUAGUGUAGCGUUUCC